AAUAUUGGCGAACAGGACGCUCUCAUUGCGACAAGCGAGUCUCUAGCGAACAUGAAGAUCGUCCCUGUAGCUGCAGAGAUAUUGGAGCCUGAAAAGCUGAAAAAGGGAUAUGGCAAUAGCACCGAUGAUAUUCUUACGCAACUAGGACUUUUGAACUUCCAUUCACUCUUCAUCAUUUUUUCUAUGGGUUUCCUGUGGUUCCUAUCAGCGAUGCCCACACUUUCGCCAGCGUACCUAGCGCCUUCCGCAGACCUUGAGAACUCGUCCUUUUUAUCAGUGCAAGUUGAAUUUCAACUGCAACGAACAAUUAUCGAUCCUGCCGAGUUGACAUCGUCCGUCUACUUUCUGGGUAACCUAGUACUCGGGCAAGCCUACUGCAUGGCCGCUGACAGGAUUGGUCGUCGACCUGUGCUCGUUUGGAGUCUCAUUGUAUCUGGUCUUGCUGGAGUCGGAUCUGCCCUUGCACCAUCAUUCAUUCUCAUGUUAUUUGGAAGAUUCAUUCAAGGAUCAUUUUUCAACGUUGGUUUUAUAUCAGGUUGA